AUGUUACGUGCUUUAGGGUUCAAGAAACAAGAAACAAUCACCAAAGAUGAAGCAACCCCAUUGAUUUUGAAACAAGCUCAUGAUUUCGAAUUAGCAUUACAAGCUAUGGAUUUCUUACUUGAUGAUCGUACUCAAGAAGGUCUUCACUUGAUUGAAAAUGAACCAGAUUGUACAAUUAAAGUAAUGGCUGUUGGUGUUAUUAGAUUUUUGGAAGCAACUUUAGGUUUUGAAGCUGAAGUUAUGAAAAAAGCUGGUGAAUCUUUAACAAAAGCUGAAAAUUUAUCAUCAAGAGAUCGUUCAAAACAUCAAAGAUUAAAAUUAACAACUUCUGCUAAUUUCCCUCCUGGUACUGAAUAUGCAGUUAUUUAUGCUGAAGCUAAUUUAUUAAAUGCAUUGAUCAUGUUAUUAUCUGAAAGUAUGAUUGAAAGUGCUAAAGCAUUAUAUAAAUUAAGAAAAGCAUAUCAUACAUUAGAUGAAGUUUUCACAUUAAUAAAAGAAUAUGAAAAAAAGCAAAAACAACAACAAAGAAGUUUAAAUAAUCUACCGAACCAAAGUACUUCAACAUUAAAUUCAAAUACAAGUUCAAUAUGGGCAGAUGUUCCAUUUUCAAUAAAUCCAGAUUUAAUAAAAGAUCCAAAAUUAUCAAAUAUUGCUGAUGAUGUUGCAUCAAUGAGAUCUUCAAGAUUGAAUGGUGCUCAUAUUGGUAAUUCGCCUGCUAAUGAUCGAUUAAGAUCAGAAUUGGGGUAUUCUAAAGAAGGUUUAAUUGAUCCAGAUUCAAGUUCUAGUAUUAAGACUAAGGAAAUUGAUGAAUCACAAUCAACAAUUGAUGAAUAUAUAAUAUCAGGUGCUAAUUUAUGCUUUGGUAUUUUACAAUUAGUUUUAUCAUUAAUUCCACCAGCUAUUGGUAAAGUUCUUUCAGUUGUUGGUUUUAGAGGUUCAAGAGAAGAUGGUUUAAGAAAAAUUUGGAAAUCAGUUGAAGGUAGAAAUGUUCAUGGCUGUAUUGGUCUUUUAGCUUUAUUGGUUUUCUAUGAUGGUCCUUUCCAAUUUACUGAUGCAGAUUUUGAUAUUCCAGAUGUUUCUUCUACUCAUUCUCCACAACAUACAAGAACUUCCACUGUGAAUUCUGAAUUAACUAAUUUAUCAUUAACAAAAACUAAGAGUGAAAGAAGAAUGAGAUCUGAAUCAAAUGCAUACCAAGGAGUUGGGAAACCAACUUUAUUACAUCCUGGUAAAAAAUUAGAAGAUGCGUUAUUAUAUGCAAGAGCUCUUUUCCCACAUUCAGCACUUUGGUUAUUACAAGAAUCUCGUAUGUUAGCAUCAAGAGGUCGUCUAGAAGAAGCUUUAAAUUUAAUGGAUUCAUUAGAUAGAAAGAUUGAAAUGAAACAAGUUGAAGCAUUGUUGGUUUUCGAUCGUGCAAUGAUUUUAAUCUUUUUACAUAAAUAUGAAAGAGCAGCUAAUGAUUUCAUGAAAUUAGUGGAAAUUAAUAGUUGGUCACCAGGUCUUUAUACAUAUACUGCAGGUUCAUGUUAUUUAGAAUUAUAUCGUAUGUGCAAAUUAGGAUUAAUUAAAGAUCCUAAAGAAUUGAAACGUGAAGAAGAAUUUAGAAAUAAAGCUGAAAAAUUAAUUUUAAAAGCACCAGUAUCUGCUAAAUAUGGUAAAACUUCAAAACAAAUGCCAUUUGAUAAAUUCUUAUUGAGAAAAAUUUCACAUUUCCAACAUUCAGCACAAAAAUACAAUGUUGAUUUUAUUGAUGCUAUCGGUACAUCACCUGUUCAUGAAUUAGCAUAUUUUUGGAAUGGAUAUAAUAGAAUGCCAGAAGAUCAUUUAUUAUUAGCACAACAAUUGUUGGAUUAUAGUGUUUCAGAACAUGCUAAAAUUCCAGAAGUUGAAAAUCAAUCAAUGCUACGUAAUUUAUUACAAUCAAUUACAUUAAGAAGAUUAGGUGGAAUUGAAGAAGGUGUUCAAUUAUUAGAUGAAAAAGUAUUACUCAACAUUAUCGAAUUGGAUGAGUCAAAUCCAAGAGAACCAUAUAGAUUUAUUAGACAUGCUGAAGAUCCAUGGCUAUAUCCAACUGCACUAUAUGAAAAGGCAUUAUUUCUUUGGAAAGAAUAUGGAACUGAUGGUUUAGAAGAAGCUAAAGAAUGGUUGAAAAGAGCACAAGCUUAUUCUGAUGAUUAUGAGCUAAGUACUAGAGUUGGUAUGAAGAUUAAAGCAGCAUUAGAUAGAUUAGAAGGUUUAUAA